AUGGCACUGAUUGGGUCUGUGCUGCCACUGCUGGCUUUGUGGGUCACUGGUGGAGGGAAGGCUGAAGUUCUGGGUGAGCAGAUGAAGCAGACCCGGGCUCCUCUUAUCCCUCACCGGCCAUUUGUUGUCAUUUGGAACGCUCCCACCGAGUCCUGCCGUCUGCGUUUCAAGGUGGACCUGGACCUCAGCAUCUUUGACAUUGUGGCGAAUCUUAAUGAGACACUCAGCGGACCAAACGUCACCAUAUUCUACCACAGCCACCUGGGAUACUACCCCUAUUACUCCAGCUCUGGGUUUCCCAUUAACGGUGGCUUGCCACAGAACCAGAGCCUCUCCAAACACCUGAGCAAGGCCCGGGCCGACAUCGACAAACUCAUCCCCCACAAGGAUUUCCGGGGUUUGGGCGUCAUCGACUGGGAGAACUGGAGGCCGCAGUGGGUGCGCAACUGGGGCUCCAAGGACAUCUACCGCAACAAGUCAAAGGAACAGAUCCGGAAGCUCCACCCGAGCUGGCCAGACAGUAAAGUGGAGAAAGAAGCUAAGGAAAGCUUUGAAAGAGCCGGGCAGGCCUUCAUGAACUUGACCUUGGCCCUGGCUGAAGGUCGCAGGCCGGAUGGUCUGUGGGGGUUCUACCUGUUCCCAGAUUGCUACAACUAUGGUUACAAACAGCACCCGCAGCGCUACACUGGCGAAUGCCCCAACGUGGAGCACGUUCGCAAUGACCAUCUGAUGUGGCUGUGGAAGGAAAGCACAGCGCUCUACCCGUCCAUCUACCUGGACUACGAGCUCAGAUCUUCAGUCAACACAGUUAAGUUUGUCCACUAUCGAGUGAAGGAAGCCAUGAGAAUCGCCUCCAUUGCUCACUCUGACUACACCUUACCUGUGUUUGUCUAUUCCAGACCCUUCUAUGCUUACACCUUUGUGGUUCUCUCAGAGAGUGAUCUGGUCCACACCAUCGGGGAGAGCGCCGCCCUGGGGGCUUCAGGAGUUGUGCUGUGGGGGUCAUCUGAAUAUGCCCGAUCUCAAAGGAACUGCCUGGCGGUGAAGAAGUACAUCGAUGGUCCUCUGGGUCAUUACAUCAUCAAUGUCACCUCUGCUGCCAAGCUUUGCAGCAAAGCCUUGUGUAAGAAGAAUGGCAAGUGUGUUCGUAAGAGCCUGGACGGAGGCGCCUACCUCCACCUGAACCCACGCUUCUUCCACAUCAACCGAAACUCCGCUGCCAAAGGCCCACGCUUCCACGUCAGUGGCCACCUCAACAACCAUGACAUCCUGGACAUGAAACACAAGUUCACCUGCCAGUGCUACCAGGGCUGGACAGGGGUUUACUGUGAGAUGCCCCAGACUCCUCCUGUCCCACCUGCCGCCCCCCCGCCAAGCCCUGCUGACAGCGGCCUGCUGGGAGACAUCCUGUUCCUCCUCUCCCUCCACUUCUCCUGCCUGUGCGUCACAACCUUCCUUGGCCUGUGUCUCAUCAUCAAAUGUCUGAUUCUGUAG